AUGCUUUUCAUUAAAACACAGCCGCUGAAACAAAGACUAGAACUUUCAGCUUUCAAUCUAGUCUUUGCUCUUGGAUUGUUCUUGAUCAUUUCUGGAUCACAGUAUCUUUUGGAUAAUCCUGAUGUUGUCAGAGGAAAAUCUGUGUUAGAUCUCGGGAGUGGAUGCGGAGCUACGGCUAUCGCUGCUAAGAUGAGUGGGGCAUCGAGGAUCUUGGCCAAUGACAUAGACCCUAUUGCAGGAAUGGCUAUCACACUAAAUUGUGAAUUGAACCAACUGAAACCUUUUCCUAUUUUAACCAAAAACAUUUUGGAUUUAGAACAAGAUAAGUGGGACCUUAUUGUGCUUGGAGAUAUGUUUUAUGAUGAAGACCUUGCAGAUAGUCUUCAUUGAUGGCUGAAGGAUUGCUUUUGGACUCACAAAACUCGAGUACUGAUUGGUGACCCAGGCCGGCCCCAGUUCAGAGGACACAGCAUUCAGCAUCAGCUGCACAAAGUGGUAGAAUAUUCACUUCCAGAACCUACUAGGCAGGAAAACAAUGGACUGACAACAAGCGCCGUGUGGGAUUUCCAGCCUUGAAUUGUCAAAAUGCUUCCAAGUAUGGAUAUACCUAUGUUUGAAGAAUGCAGUUCCUGUGAAAUGGCAAAUCUUGUUUCCAAAAUAUGAAGAUUUAGACUUUUGUCAUGUAACUAGUUCUGCAUUAUGCCAAAUAUACAAUUCUUUAUCUGUAA